AAUAAUACCAGUCUGGCAAAACCGAAAAUAUCUGUACCUAUUACCAAAAAAAAAAAAAAAGAAAAUAUCUGUACCAAUCCUGGAAAUUAAGCAGUGUUAUUGAAUCUUUAAACAUUCAAUUGUCUCUUCAUUUUUGCAUCAUUAAAUUUGCUCCGAAGAUGAGUUCAGCAGCGGACGAUCAAAUCGCCUUUCAAUUCCUUCCCCGUUUUCGCGCCUACAAAGAUGGACGUGUAGAGAGAUUCUUUGGCAGCGACGUGGUUCCGGCUUCAACCGACUCCGGUGACGGUGUGUCCUCUAAAGACGUCAAGAUCGACCCAGAAACAGGGGUGUCAGCACGUAUAUUCAUCUCGGCCUCCACGAAACCUGACCAGAAGCUUCCCCUGGUGGUCUAUUUCCACGGCGGUGGCUUCUUCAUGGGCUCACCGUUCUGUUCUGCCUAUCACAACUACGUCUCUCAAAUGUCCGCCAAGGCCAACGCCAUCGUUGUCUCUGUUGACUUUAGAUUAGCUCCCGAGUACCCUAUUCCUACAGCUUUCGAAGAUUCAUGGGCUUCCCUCAAAUGGGUGGCUUCACAUUGCAACGGCAAAGGUCCGGAGCCAUGGCUGAACGGCCACGCUGAUUUUGGGCGAGUUUUUCUGGUGGGGGAUAGUGCUGGAGGCAAUAUUGUACACAAUAUGGCGGUCCAAGCAGGGGAUGAAGGGUUAGCCGGAGUGAAAUUGCUAGGAAUCUGUCCAAUUCAACCAUUCUUUGGGAGUAAAGACGGUGAGGUGAGUGAGUACUGGAAAUUUGUACAUCCAACAGCUAGACUCAACGAUCCAUUGAUAACCCCGACUGCGGAUUCAAGGCUGUCAAGGAUGGGGUGCAGCAGGGUGCUGAUUUUUAUAGCUGAAAAAGACAAUUUGAGAGAGAGGGGUGUGUUUUACUACGAGACAUUGAAGGGCAGUGGGUGGAGUGGAGAGGUUGAUGUUGUGGAGACGGAAGGAGCGGACCAUGCUUUCCAGUUGUUUAACCCAGAAAGCGAGAAGGCUGUGGCCCUUAUGAACAAGAUAGUUUCUUUUAUAAAUCAAGAAUAAGGUAUGCCUUAAUUUAUGCCUUGUUGUUGGGUUAGCUGCGUCUUUGAUGAGAAGUAUUUGUACCAAUAUAAUAUCUUCUGACUUUUGAGUGUGUGAUGCUGUGAUCUCUUGUUGUUUUAGAAAUUUUGUGGUAAUAGUAGUGUAGCUCGACCUUGAAGUUUCAUGUCUUGCAUCUCAUGUCUUCCCUAAUGAAAACCUUCUCUUUUC